GUGAAUAACCUUGUACCAUGUGACCUCUGUGAUCAUUCACAGAUUUCACACGUAGUAAGCAAUGAUGUCAGAAGUGACAUCUUGCUUACUACUCUGCAUGUGAUCACUGAUUGGCCAAUCAGUGAUCACAUGACAAUGGUAAACAAUGGAUGGCUCCCUUUAAUGCCAUCCAUUGUAUACAACUGUGUUGCUAGCUGUGAUUGGUCACAGUGAUCACAUGGUACAGACUGGGGCCAAUUACAGCCCAUCUUUGUCAUAUGAUUAGCUGUGGCUAAUCAUAGCUUA